AUGAGAGAAAUCCUUCACAUCCAGGGCGGGCAGUGCGGCAACCAGAUCGGGGCCAAAUUCUGGGAGGUGAUCUGCGACGAGCACGGCAUCGACCACACCGGCAAGUACAGCGGCGACUCCGAGCUCCAGCUCGAGCGCGUCAAUGUCUACUACAACGAGGCCAGCGGCGGCAGGUACGUCCCCCGUGCCGUCCUCAUGGAUCUGGAGCCCGGCACCAUGGACUCCGUUCGAUCCGGUCCUUUCGGCCAGAUCUUCAGGCCCGACAACUUCGUCUUCGGCCAGUCCGGCGCCGGCAACAACUGGGCCAAAGGCCAUUACACCGAAGGCGCCGAGCUCAUCGACUCCGUUCUUGACGUCGUCAGGAAGGAGGCCGAGAAUUGCGAUUGCCUCCAAGGAUUUCAAGUUUGUCAUUCAUUGGGGGGAGGCACUGGUUCUGGGAUGGGAACGCUUCUCAUCUCCAAGAUCAGGGAAGAAUACCCUGAUCGGAUGAUGCUGACUUUCUCCGUCUUCCCAUCUCCUAAGGUUUCCGAUACAGUUGUCGAGCCAUACAAUGCGACGCUCUCCGUUCAUCAGCUCGUGGAAAACGCCGACGAGUGUAUGGUUCUGGACAACGAGGCCCUCUAUGAUAUCUGCUUCCGUACCCUCAAGCUUGCUACCCCAACUUUCGGCGAUCUGAACCACUUAAUUUCUGCGACGAUGAGUGGUGUGACAUGCUGCCUUCGAUUCCCUGGACAGCUGAACUCUGACCUCAGGAAGCUCGCAGUAAACCUCAUCCCGUUCCCUCGCCUCCAUUUCUUCAUGGUUGGGUUCGCCCCCUUGACCUCCAGAGGGUCGCAGCAGUACCGUGCAUUGACAGUCCCGGAGCUGACUCAGCAGAUGUGGGACGCCAAAAACAUGAUGUGCGCAGCCGAUCCGCGUCACGGCCGGUACCUCACUGCCUCGGCGAUGUUCCGCGGCAAGAUGAGCACCAAAGAAGUCGACGAACAGAUGAUCAAUGUCCAGAACAAGAACUCUUCAUACUUCGUCGAGUGGAUCCCGAACAACGUGAAGUCCAGCGUCUGCGACAUCCCGCCGAAAGGGCUGAAGAUGGCUUCCACGUUCGUCGGCAACUCGACCUCGAUCCAGGAGAUGUUCAGGCGUGUGAGCGAGCAGUUCACGGCUAUGUUCAGGCGCAAGGCUUUCUUGCACUGGUACACUGGCGAGGGGAUGGACGAGAUGGAGUUCACCGAGGCGGAGAGUAACAUGAACGACCUGGUGGCUGAGUACCAGCAGUACCAGGACGCGACGGCGGACGACGAGGAGUACGAGGACGAGGAAGAGGAUGCGGCGUAA